GUGCUAUUUUACAUCUCCAGGUUAGGACCUUUUCUCAAAAAGGAACUGUUUAUCUUAGACUUUCAACAUUUCUGCUCAAACUCAAAUGUCAUUGUAAAGAGUUGAGGUCAGUGAGAUGCGCGGUAGCUAGCAUGCUGCUUCCUGAGCAAACCAGAAACCAUCCCAUCAUCUCCUGAUUUAAACUCGACAUGACUGAAUUAAGAUGCAGGAAAUCAGAAACUUUGAAAGAAGAUAGCGAAGAAGAGCCUCGAAAUGAGUCCGAGACGCAGGACGAACGUGUGGAGGAUGAAGGUGAGAGGGAGGGAGAGUCAGACACACCCCCGUCAUCGACCACGGGCUCCAAACCAGGCUCUGCAGGUUUUCUGCAGUGCCUGGUGAGGGUGGUCUUCGGCUGUCUGGCUGCAGUGGCCUGCGGGAUGCUUUACGCUGCGUAUCUGUCGGCAUAUCACGACAGGAAGUUCUGGUUCUCGACUCGGCAGGAGCUGGAGCGGGAAAUCUCUUUUCAGGAAGGCAGCGGCCUCUAUUAUCAUUACUACAAACAUUUACUGGCAGCACCGUCGUUUGAAGGAGGACUUUACGAGCUGACGAUGGAUAACAAGACUGUUUCAGGUCAGAUGAUCAACGCAGUGGAGCGUUUGUAUCUUUACCCCGAACUCAUCACAAGCUUCAUUUACAGAAUCUCCGGCAGUCAGGAUUUCGUUGAGCCGAUCUACUUCUACAUCGGAGCGGUGUUCGGCCUGCAGGCGGUCUACGUCACGGCCCUGUUCGUGUGCAGCUGGGUGAUGAGCGGCACCUGGGUGGCCGGCAUGCUGACGGUGUCCUGGUACGUGAUCAACAGAGCAGAUACGACCAAAGUGGACCAUGCCAUCCCUCUGCGGGACAACUGGGCCUUGCCUUACUACUCGUGCCAGGUGGCAGCUUUGACGGUGUUCUUGAGGAACAACAUCAGCUGCACCACGGAGAUGUUCUGCUACCUUAUUAUGAGCAUCACCACGUUAACCUUCCUCCUGGUCUGGGAAUUCGCCCACUACGUGCUCUUCGUCCAAGGCCUUUGCCUGUUUCUGCUCGACUCUUUUGACCUGGUGCCGCAGCAGAAGAUGAUGGACAUCCACCACAUGUACCUCACCUCCCUGUUCGUGGCCUACUUCAUGCAGUUCCAGAACCCGGCGCUGCUCAGCUCCCCUCUGCUCAGCCUCCUGCUGGGCUCCGUGCUCGCCAGGUACUUCCAGCAAAAGAUGAAGCGGGGUCCUCUGGUGGCCCGAGUGUUGAAGCUGUUCCUGCACUUCCACCUGGUCUUCACCACCGGGAUCACCUUCAGUUAUCUGGUGAAGAAACUGAUCCCUGUGAGCGAGAGUGACUUCGUGUUGAGGUUCCUGGAGGUGAAGUUUGGGCUCAACACGACGACGGACUUCGUCACCAACUUCCUGCUGUGCCAAGACCCCCUCCAGACCCCCGGCCAGGACUUAUUUCUGCGACUGACGCAGGCCUCAGUUCUUCCCUUCUACCUGCUGGUGCUGGCCGUCUGCCUGCUGUCGUCGCUGCAGGCCAUCUACCGGAGGCUCAGUGGCGAGCGAAUGAAGACCACCCACAGACUGGAGGACGGGCGGAUAGGAGAGCAGCCAGCGGUCAUCUAUCACGUCUUCCACACACUGAUUUUCGGAGGCCUGGCUCUGCUGUUUGAUGGGUUGAAGUAUUUGUGGACGCCGUACGUCUGCAUGUUCACGGCGUUUGGCGUUUGCUCCCCAGACCUCUGGAUGACUGUGUUCAGGUGGCUCAAGAUGAAGUCCAUGCAUCCUGUGAUCCUGUCUCUGAUCCUGAGCACAGCGGUUCCCACCAUCAUCGGCUUCAGUUUGUGGAGAGAGUACUACCCUCGUGUCUUGGUGGAGUUGGCAGAUCUGCAGGAGUUCUACGACCAGGACGCAGUGGAGCUGAUCAGCUGGAUCAGGUCGCAGACUCCGCUGGCCGCCGUGUUCGCAGGCAGCCCUCAGCUGCUGGGGACCAUAAAGCUGUGCUCCGGUUCGGUCGUCACCAGCUUACCGCUUUACACAGACAUCAACUUCCUGAAGAGGGCCGAAGACAACUACCAGGUGUACGCCAUGCGGUCUCCGGAGGACGUCUACAAACUCCUGACGGCUCAGAAGACGAACUACGUCAUCAUCGAGGAGGCGAUCUGCAACGAGCUGGCGCUGCACAAGGGCUGCCGGGUCAAAGACCUGCUGGACAUCUCCAACGGACAUGUGGUCUACGACAACGGAGAGACGUACUCCUCCUCCAAACACGGCCGCUUCUGCCACGAGAUCAAGAUGAACUACUCGCCCUACACCAACUACUUCACCCGGGUCUUCUGGAACCGCUCGUACCACGUCUACAAAGUCAACUCCGUCAUCUCCUUUCAGUACUGACGGCUCAUUGGCUCCUCGCCGAGGCUCCGCCCACCUCCAAGAGGACACGCCCUCGCCAUUCACACAUGGGCUCAAGUUCAAAUAUGCCACGAUAGUUUUAUAAAUAUGCAUUGAUGAAGGGGAGACUCUCGUUUAUCACAAACUUUGACAUCGUUGCCAUGGUAACGUGGCUGUGCUGGUGUCUCAGGCUCCCAGUUCUCUGCUGACUUUCCCCUCCGCUGAGCCACUUUUAGUUUCAACAACCCUUGAAAUGAGGUUUCUGAGGAUUGUCGUCGUCUUCACAGAGAACUGAAGUCACUUCAGCGUUGAAAAAACUAACUCAGGUGAAAACCAGGCACAUUUACACCUGAUACAAGUCCACCAUCACCUUCCUCCGUGAAGGAGACGUACCUGCUGCUCAUCCCCACCUCGGAAACUGCAGGUGGAGCGAUUUAGUCAUCUCUGAUUGGUUCUAUAGUUUAGUUCGUUUUACAGUCCUAAAUUAGAAACACUGGUAUUUCUGUUACUUUUACCAUCACUGCUACUAUUUAACUACUGCUGCUGGUGAGUUUUGGACUUCUACUUUACUGAGUUUAUAGGACUAAAAGUAGCGUUUCCAUUACACUUUUUAGGAAAAAAACAAAAGAAAAAGAAAUCAGGAUUUGUGAUAAAAGGUAGCACCGGGUGUUUUUUCAAAUUAGAACCGUUUCCAUUACAUUAGAGCCGUUUUUCUUUGUGGCAUUUGGGUUUUGCGUAAAUCCAGGGAUAAUGGAAAAAUGAAGCAACUAAACAUGAAGGUGACGUGGAGCAAGUAAUUAUGCAAACCGGUCAUCAGAUUGGCCCCCACCUCCACAGUCUCAAAGCUCAACUUAACAACGACAAAGAAGCUUAUGUUGAGGAUUAUAAGAGGAAACGGUUGAGUUUACUCAUAAAACGGGUUCCUGUAACCCUCCCAUCCAUGGUCAUUUCCACCGGUUGAAAAUGUACCAAACCAAUCGCAGCAGCGGAGGGCCGGGCUUUAAACGGUGAGUCGUACAGGAGCGAGGUGCUGGAGUCUUCCAGGAGGUGAAUCUAGAGGAACCAGACUCACUCUUUGUUAUGGGAAAGGUAUCAAAAACAGGAGAAUCCCAUUUCUUGAGAGUGAUUUUAGGUUCCAGGACUUCUGUCCUGUGUGGUGAGAGAGAGGUCGGCCUGCAGGCUGCACGACGGGCCGGGCCUGAAGUGGAGAUGAUGGGAGGCAGAUCCACAUCAGAACCUCACGAGACGCCAAAUUGGGAUGUUUCUGAUGAGACAAAAGAGUCGAGGUCAGCUGUAAUGCAGUUGUGACGUUGCAAUAUUGCAAAAUACACCAAUUAAUUUAGUUUUGUCAUACUAUGAAAGAGUAACAGUGCUGGUCAGAGUACAAGUAUGGAAAGUUAGAAAGUUCUACAGCAAAGUGAGACUUCUCCAUUGCACUAAUCACGAGAACAGAUUACUGAAAUAACUCACGUUAGAAAUAAGAUCAUGAGUGUUUCCUGUUACAGGGUCUGUAAUCUCACAGGCCAUAAAAACUACAGAAUUAUGGGUUUUUAUGUCACGCACAUGUGCCUGGUUUUCAGAAUUACAUUUUUUUUUUAAACUUCAACUUUAGGUUUUACCUGAGCUCCCUUUAAAACCGCCGCCUCCAUCAGCCUGAGUUGUGCCUUUUACCUUUAGUUUCUCUUUUUUAAGUUUUACUUUCCCGUCAGUCGUUGCGCGUAGAGCUUGAAGCACUACCACGUCUCACCACAAGGGGGCGUUUUGAUCGGCUGUGUUGACUAAGAGCCGUCGGCAUCACUGAACCGAUGGAUGGAAACGAGGCAUCCGCCCCUUUUCGGUGGAAUCUAACUGGGAUCAGUGCAACGUUUGAGGUGUGUCCUACAAUAAAAAUGCCAAAUGAGAUUUGA